CCUUUAUGACCGAAGUGAAGGAUAAAUCCAAAGCUUCCCGCUCAAAUAGUUGCAUGACAGUGACAAUAAGCAUGCCCACACCUGAUUCCUAAUGAUGAGCUGCACAGCAGUUAUGGCAAACAUCCUUUCAUCUGAAUACCUCUCAAAAUCCCGGUCCCGGAAUAAUCGUCUAGAUAGACACGUCAGGCUCCGAUUAUCUUGCUUGGCAUGCCACGUAGUCCCGAUUAUUGCUGACUUAAGCAUUGGAGUGUCUACCCCGAAGACCCACCUCGGGGCUUUGCAGGUCAAUCCGGAGUGCAGAUACGGACUGAAGAAAGACUUCUGGUUUGGUGCAAUUACAUUGGCACCGUCUGUGGGAAUCCGAACUGAAGGCUCCCUUGUUGUUCUUAUCAUGGUUAAUACUAGGUCAGUCCGAGUUGGAAACUCAUCUCAGUCUCUUGGACGAGGCCAGGUCCCCAGCAACCUUCCACCUCACCUCCCACCUCCAAUCCCAAAUACAUUCCCUCAUGUUGACCAUGCAGAAGGAGGAGAUGAAAACCAACCACACAAUUUGGCUCACAACUCAGCCUCUACUGCUAACCAAGACGUAGUUGCAACUCAGCUUGCUGCCAUGCAACAACAGUUUGGUGUCUUUCAGCUAGUGCUGGCUCAGCUAUUAGCCCGGAACAAUCCUGUUCAGCAUGUUCCUGCUCUUAGUGAAUCUCAGGGCCAAUCUCAUAUCGCACCAGCUCAGCAACCCCUCCCUGAUGAUGUCACUCGACGUCUAGACAACCUAGAAAAGCUAGUAGUUGAGCAGAGGGGUGCCCCACCUCCAUGUCAUGCCGCGGACUCCAUACCUCACCCUCUAAACACCAACAUCACAUUAGAACCCUACCCUACUGGCUUUAGAAUACCUCAACUUGAGACUUAUGAUGGGACAAAGGAUCCCGAUGAUCACCUGCAUGCUUUCUACUCUUGCAUGCAAGCCCAGAACGCCUCUGAUGCGUUGAUGUGCAAAAUCUUUCCCUCUACUCUCCGAGCUGUGAUCUCAAGUCUUAGCCAUGAGAGAUUCAGAGAUAGUUUGCUCAAACAUCAUGCCACCACCUUUAGCGAGUUUGACGAUGCUGCGUGGAAGAAUCAACCCAUUACUUUCACAUCUGCUGAUCUCGAUGCAGUCUUCACACCUCACAAUGACCCUCUAGUCACUUCUGUCUUGAUUAACAAUUGUGAGGUGCAGCGUGUCCUUGUUGACAUAGGGAGUGCACCAGACAUCAUGUACUUCCAUUGCUUUGAGAGUCUUGGCUUGGAUCCAGCUUUGUUGCAGCGCUGUGGUUUCCCAGUCUCACCUAUGCAUGAAGUUCCCAACUCCUAUGGGAAUAGCAACGCUACGAGGCAACCAGGAGGUGGCCAGACAUUGCUAUAUCACCUCGAAGAUGAAACUAGAGCUGUUCCAGUCGAAGAUGUUGAAGAAGUGCCCAUUGAUGAUAGAAAUUCGAGCCGAAAGACGCAAAUUGGAACUAGAUUGAGCAUGGAGGAAAGAGCAGAGCUAAUAGCUUUUCUCCGAGCUAACAAUGAUGUCUUCGCGUGGACUUCGGUAGACAUGGGGGAGAGGCUUCAGGCUAUAAAAGAAGAGGUAGAGAAACUUCUACAAGUUGGUUUUGUCAGAAAAGUUGAUUAUUGUGAAUGGGUGGCUAACCCUGUCCUGGUGAAGAAGGCAAAUGGUAAAUGGCGGAUGUGCAUCGAUUACACAAAUCUUAACCAAGCCUGCCCCAAGAAUUGCUAUCCGAUGCCGAGCAUUGACAAAUUGGUUGAAGCGGCUUCAGGUAAUGAGAGGUUAAGUCUCUUGGAUGUAUAUUCUAGGUAUCACCAAGUGCCGAUGGCUCCAGAAGAUGAAGAGAAAACCUCUUUCUAUGCUGGUGAUGAAAUCUAUUGCUACAUGAUGAUGCCAUUUGGCUUAAAGAACGUAGGCGCUACUUAUCAGAAGAUGAUGACCAUUGUCUUCCGAGCUCAGAUUGGCAAGAAUCUGGAAGUUUAUAUCGAUGACAUUGUGGUAAAGAGCCUGAAAGCAAAAGACCACCUAGUUGAUCUCAAUGAAACUUUCAACAACCUCAGAAAGAACAGAAUGCGGUUAAACCCAGCCAAAUGCAUCUUUGGCAUGGAGUCUGGAAAGUUUCUAGGUUUCAUGGUGUCCCGAAGAGGGAUUGAAAUUAAUCUAGAGAAGAUUAGAGCAAUAGCCGAGAUGGAACCGUCGAAAUCAGUGAAAGAUAUACAGAGGUUGACUGGACGGGUAGCAGCUCUUCAUCGGUUCAUGUCGAAGUCAGUAGAUAAGUGCCUGCCAUUUUUCAAGAUUAUGAGAAUUUCAGAUGAAGCCAUUAGUUUAGUUCUGGUAAGAGAAGAAGCCAAGCAGCAGAAACCAAUCUAUUAUAUCAGCAGUGUGAUACACGGAGCAGAAUUGAGGUAUCCCAUUGCUGGGAAAGCAGCUUUAGCAGUUGUCACUUCGGCCAGGAAGUUGAGGCCAUAUUUCCAGUCACACCCGAUCAUUGUCCUUACAGACCAACCUCUUCGACAGAUUUUGCAGAAGCUAGAGUGCUCUGGAAGAUUAAUUAAAUGGGUAGUAGAACUGGGGGAAUUUGAGAUAACAUUUCAGCAGAGAUCGGCAAUCCGAGCUCAGGCGCUGGUAGACUUUAUUAUAGAAUGCACUUCAUGUCAUUCAAUCCCUAGUCCGGAGCCCAAUGACUGGACCUUGUAUGUUGAUGGGGCAUCUAGUAGCAAGGGUUCAGGAGCUGGUGCUCUCUUAAUUGGCCCAAACGGAUAUCGAAGUGAACAUGCCCUGAAGUUUAACUUCGAUGCAACAAACAACAUGGCUGAGUACGAAGCUCUGCUACUUGGUCUACAGCUAGCAUUAGAGUUGAAAAUCAGCACGAUCCAAGUGUACAGUGACUCCCAGCUGGUGGUGAACCAAAUCAACUCAAUCUGCGAAGUCGUUGAUCCUAUGAUGGUGAAAUAUGUAGUCAUGCUGGCUGAGAUGAAGUGCAAAUUCCAGAAAUUCUAUGGGAUAGUACCUGAGGACAAGCAGGAGGCAAUGAAGUUGAGGAAGAAAGCAUCUCGGUAUGCACUCGUUCAUGGGGUCCUCUAUAAGAGAUCUUUCUCACUCCUUCUUCUACGGUGUUUAAACCCCUACGAAGCUGAGUAUGCACUUCGGGAGGUACAUGAAGGUGUCUGCGGAAGCCAUGUUGCUGCUAGACCUCUGGCUCACAAAGUCUUAAGGCAUUAUGGGAUCAAAGUGCAGUUCACCUUCGUUUACCAUCCAGAGUCCAAUGGCAUGGUUGAAUCUGUUAACAAAUGCAUUUUAGAAGGUAUAAAGCUGAGAUUGGAACAACAUAAGGCCAAAUGGGCAGACGAGCUCAACAACGUCCUCUCGGCAUACAGAACCACGAGCCGAACUGCCACAAGAGUCCCAAGCUUCUGGGUCACCCAUUUCGAUGAAGGACGAAAUGGACAGCUGCUUCGGGAAAACCUUGAUCUUCUUGCCGAAGUCAAAGGAGAAGCACGGAUUCAAAUUCUUGCUGGCCUAACAGGGUUUGAAACUCGUUUUGGCAAACUGGCCCCAAACUGGGAAGGCCCUUAUACAGUGGCCGAAGUGCCACAUCCUGGUGCCUAUGUCCUCCAAGACGCUGAGGGGAAGAGAGUUCCUAGAGUCUGGAAUAUCAAUAACUUAAAGAAAUUUUAUCCAUAAUAAUAUUCUUUUAAGUGAUCUAUGUCUUACUGAUUCUUUGCAUUACUUAUUUCGUGAUUGUUGAGAUUCAUUUUACCUCUUAUUCUAUGUAUCCGAGGUCAAUCAGUUCAUUCAUUCCUUGAACCUCACUUCUGUUAAUAAAUGUCACUUCACAUA